UGUCGACGCUCGACACCGGCAGGAAUUUGGAAGAAAAAGGAGAAACACAAGCCAUGGUCUUUCGAGGCCAGCUGUGCAGGACUUGCAGUGGCCUCGACUUCGAUAAGGACCACCUACCCUUUGGUAAGAACAUGCUCGCCGAAAGUGACUAUUUCGAGUUCAAAAAACCACUCAAACUCGGCCCUCUUGGAGGGGUGAGGGUGCGCGGCUGCCCACUCUGCAAGCUCGUCACGUUUGCCACGCUCGAGAUCCAGCGAACCGAGAACUUCGUGCUCGACGACAGCAACGAGGUUGAGCUACUUUGGCUCCCGUCCGAGCGCUGCGGCAUAUUUGGCUUUUCUUUUACGCCGGGACGCAUUUCCAUGGGAACGGUUUUGUCCUCCGUCCAGUUGAAAUCUGAGCCGGCCCAUGCCUGCCUGUCCGGCCUUUACAUGCCGUUGAAGCAGUCGCAGAUUGACUUCGGGAAAGCCUGGGAUCUUAUACCGAAGACCAUUCAAGAUGCCAUUACAACGACACAACUGGUGGGGGAGCGUUACUUGUGGGUGGAUUCUCUUUGUCUUAUGCAAAACGACCCUAAGGAUUUACGGCAUGGCACGAACGUCAUGGAUCUCAUGUAUGAGCAACCCAUCCUUUGCAUCGUGGCGGCCUGCCGGGGGUUGGCUCGGGAAGCCGUAGGACGGCACAGACAA